AUGCCGCCUGCCAAGCCGUAUGUAGUCGGACCAAUGCGCGGAGCGCCGUACCCAGCGCCCGCCAUCAAUAUUCCCAACCUGAUGAAACAGGUUGAGAACCUUACCCAGCGCGUAGAAGCGCUGGAAGCCACUCUCGGUUACCCGAGUUACCAACAAUCUGGGCCCGGGACCCAGUGGGUCCAGGAUGUUGAUGGGUACCCGGCCGCUCUGCCGGCUCCCAUGGGAAUGUCCUCCGCCUGGGGGGGGAGGGUCCGGAUGGGCCGGAACGAGAAGACGGUCGCAUAG